CAUGUGGGUGGCAAUGUAAGUAUGAAGGUACUUGUUACUUGCCAUGUGGCGUACCUUGCAACCGACUUCCGUGUAAUUUGCGAUGUGAAAAAUUAAUGGAUUGUGGGCAUCAAUGUUUUGGCCUUUGUGGCGAGAAAUGUCCUCCAUCAAAAUAUUGUGCAGAUUGUACUACAGAUGAUAAUGUCAAAAAUCAAGGUUUAUAUUUAAGACAAGUUGUUGAUCUGAUUAUGCAAGAAACCUUUGCAGACUUAGAUUGGACUUCCGAGAGAAUGGUCGUCUUAGAUUGUGGUCAUGUAUACACAGCAGAUAGCCUCGAUCAACUGAUGGAAAUGAAAGAAUAUUACGAAAUGGACGACAAAACCAACAAAUGGAUCCGGAUCAAAACAAUUACUUCACAACCAAGUGAUCCUAAAAGUUGUCCGCAAUGCCGUGCUCCCAUUAAAGAUAUUUUUCGUUAUGGAAGAGCAACAAAAAAAAAUGUUUUGGAUGUUCAAACCAAAAAAUUCUUGUUGAAAUAUAAUAAUCAACUAAAAAAACGAAAUAAAGAUAUAACAAAUGCUACAAAACAGCUGGAGAAUAACCGAAAAGAAUUUUUAAAAGAAAUUCAAAUACCGUUGAAAGAUAAAGAAAUGAAAGUUAUAGAAAAAAAUUCAAUGUCGCAAAAACUUCCGGAAAUUAUAUCAACAGAGCAAUAUACAUUUCUUAAACAAUAUUCUAUUCCAUUAAUGCAUGAAAAGAGAUGGAAUCAACAUAUAUCCGUACUUCUCGCCAUAUAUCGAAGGUUGAUGCAGCUAAUGUUGGCAACACAAUCUCCUCCGCAUAAACUUGCAUACGAGAAUGCAGUAUCUCUUCUAUAUGAUCACAAAACUCGAAUUAAUAUAUGUGAUCUCGACAAAAAUUUCGUGUCUUUGGAUAAUUUAAAUUAUGAUUCUCCCGUUCAUCAACGUAUUAAACUUCAAGAAACUUUGGCGGAAGUUGGGUUAAGUGCGCCAAAAGUGGACGUCAGAAUAUAUCUUGAUGCAUUUUUGGAAAUAGUUAAUAUUCAAAAAGUUAUUUUUCAUGAAAUUUUCCUGGUUAUUCCAGAGUUGUCAAAAAUAGCGAAAACGGAAAAUAAUCAAAACCAACCUUCUUAUGAAAAAAAUUGGGUUGAAUUUGGCGAAGAUAUAAUCGUAUCAAUUAAAAAGCAUCUUGAUAUUAUAAUUACGACAGCUCAACAAAAUAGCUAUCUUCGUCACGCAAUUCUGUCGUCGUUUGAGUUAGCAGAAGUUGAAUGUAAGGCUGAACGAUUUAGGCUCAAAUAUCCUCCUACAGGCCAAGUAACUCCUAUUAUUCAACGGUCUGUCGAAAAUAAAUGUUCUGAAAUUGAAAGGACAUGCGAAGAUAUUUGUAAUAAAAUGCUUCCUACAAUGAGUGCCGAAUAUUUUGAAAAACAAUGUAAUUUAAGAAUUGAAAAAAUUCUUCGAGAGGUUUCGGACCUUCGAGAUGCAGCUAUGAAGGAUAGACCUUUAACACAUGAAGAAAAGCUGGAAAUACGUAAAGCAAUGGAUAGCGAAUUUCGGGGAUCAGGACAUUGGUACCAGUGUCCAAACGGCCAUCCUUAUACAAUAGGUGAAUGCGGAGGUGCCAUGCAAGCUAGCCGUUGUGCGGAUUGUGGUGCGCCAAUUGGUGGCGGAAAUCAUAAUCUUGCUGCUGGGAAUAGUCUUAACACGGAAUUUGAUA